CUUCAAGUUAUCUCCAAGGAGAUAAGUUAAAGGGACCCGUUCAUUCCCAUUUCUCUCUUCUCAUGGCUUUCACUUCACUCCUCUCUCUCAACCCCACCAAUCCUAUCUCCUCCACGUUCAGAAACUUCUCUUCAUCUUACCCUGCUUCUCUUUCUCCUUCUCAUCUUCUUUCCUCAACCUUCAAUAGAAGGGAACUCCAACCUUCAUCAGUGGCUUCACAAUCAACCAGCCAGUUUCAACCAAUCAAUGUGGACUACUUGGAGCAGGAAUUCAGUGGCCAUGGAGUCAGUUUCCAAACCCUUGAGGAAACCUGCUGUGUGGGCAAGAUGAGGUUGAACAAUGGCAGUACUGCAACUUUCUUGCUCCCAAGUGGCUUGAUCACUUCAUAUAAGGCUAAGAUGUGGCAUGGCGGGACCAUGGAGCUGCUCCAGACAUCUGUGGGCUCUUCUUCUUCUACAUCGAGAGGAGAAGAAGAUGGUGCUCUGAUUCAAGGGGGAGUUUCUUUGGCUUUCAACUUUAACAGCCAUGGCUGUGAGACUUCAUGGUCUCCGAGGACUUGGGCUAUUAGUGAUGUUAGAGGGGAUUCUGGUGACUCCAUUGAGGUUGAACUAGUGAGCACUGGUGGAGCAGUGGAGCAGAUGGUUGAAAUCAGAUACACAAUAACCAUGAGUGACGACAUGUUGAGCUCUGAGCUCAGUGUCUCAAACUUAAACCCUUCAUCUCCCAUCAUGAUGAAAGGCUCCAUUCUGAGCCACCUGACAGUGAGCACACCAGAAGCAACAUCUGCAUGUGGAUUAGAAGGUUCCAACUUCUUCCCCAGGCCAAUGUUCAUGUCGGAUUUCGCCAUCGUUCCACCACCUCCUCCAUCUCAACUUGGCCAAAAAAGUGGAAAUCUUUGGGGCAGAAGAGGAAGGAAUCAGAAUGUAGUGGCAAGAGAAGAGGAAGAAGGAAUGGAAGGUGAAGAAAGUGACAGCCACAAGAAACUUACUGAACAAAUGUGCAGGGUUUACACCAAUGCACCAAGGAACUUCACCCUCAUUGACAGGGGGAGAAGGAACUCAGUGGUGAUUGGCAGGGAAGGGUUCAAUGAGAUGUAUAUGUACAGUCCAGGGUCAAGCCAUGAGAGCUAUGGGAUGUAUUCUUAUAUAUGUGUGGGACAAUCUGCCAUGCUCAACCCUCUGGCUCUUGCUCCUGGACAAGUUUGGAGAGGCUGUCAGCAUUUACAUAACCCUAAUCUUUGAAAAAUAAUCAAACAACUAUUCCAAAGAUCUAAUGAUCAUUUUGGGUGUGGCAUAUCUUCAACCUCUAUGAGGCAACUCGGACUUCAAAUGGGUUCGGGCAAGGGGCGGAGCCAACGUUCAAUUGGUGUGGGUUCCAUAACCCAUCUUGAAUCUCUGCUAGAAUCCAAAACAUGAGUAGUUGCAAACUGUCUCAGAGGAAUCGAAUCCAAUAUAACUAAACUAGAUAGAGGGCUUCACAUGUUUACCUAAAAACUACAGGGAAUAUUUUUUGAUUCAUAUUUACCUUUAUUGUAUAAUAUAAACAAAAAUUAGCU